GGAAUAAAAGGGCCCGAGAUGCCGUGGGUAGACACAUCGCCUUUUGUCGCACUCUUCUUCUUGUGUUGAGACAAUCAUCAUGAAGUUUUUACUCGUCGCGUUUUGUAUGGUGGCAGCGGUAGCGGCUUCUCGCCAGCGUCGGUUCCUUAUCAACCGUUGCUCUUCAGAGGCGGAAUGUGGCCCAAACAAGUGCUGCCUGUUUAACAGGAUCUGCUCCCCCAAGCUGCCCCAGUACUCAACCUGCCACUUGUCGGGCAUCACCCAGUGCAGCUGUGCGGACGGUCUCGAGUGUCGCGUCACCAAGGAAUUCACGGUGCUCGGACAGAAGCUCAGCCUGCGCCAGUGCAUGCCGAUCGCACAGAAACGCGAAGUCGAGCAGAUUGAAGACGAGGAUCUGAAGGAAAUGAUGCGACAACAAGACGACAACGACAAGAGGUUCUUGAUCGACACUUGCAAGACCGAGUCGGACUGUGGAGGGAAUAGAUGCUGUGUGCUCAACAAGUUCUGCAUGAAGAAGAUCCCUAAGGACAUGACAUGUUACCUUUCACACAAGCACAAGUGCGGAUGCCAGGACGGACUCGAAUGUCGCGUGACAACCACCAUCACCAUCCCCAUCGUCGAUGUCAAGAUUCCCGUCAGGCAAUGCGUGUCCCCUGCCUAAUAUGGGCAUCGGCAUGUUAGCUGACCAGACAUUCAGUUAAACAAUACGAUGUCUUGAAGCUUGGUGUUUUAUGGAAAACUAAUAAACUAUAUUUCUGAUCUAAA